AUGAAACAAUGCGGUUCUGAGAUGGGCUGCGCGUCUGGCCUGCCCCAAUGCAUAGCGAAAUACCAAACAACGAAGUGUUCUCAUGUCGUCCCUUCGACAAUCGAAGGCACGGUCAUGAUACUCUUAGGCCAGGUGGCAGAGGCUGCCUCGGCCCGUGCCUCCGGUCCAUAA